AUGCUUGAAGGAAAAAGGUGGGAUAUAAAUGACUUUGCAGCAUUGGUUAAACUUCGAUCUCUUUAUUGGAUUAAGGUAGUAAGGGAUGACAAUAUGUUAUAUGAUGGGGAAGACUUGGAGGAUGGUCUUGAUCUUGAUCUUGAUAGUGCUGGACUGCUGGGUCUUAAAUUUCAAGCUUUUCAAGUAAUAUACUACGUAGCAAGGUGUUUAUGGGUGCCCGGUCCUGUUAUCAUUGGUGCUGGCCCUUCCGGUCUUGCCACAGCUGCUUGUCUCAAAGAAAGAGGUGUCCCUAGCUUAAUCCUUGAAAGGGCUGACUGCAUAGCUUCCUUGUGGAAGAUAAAAACCUACGAUCGUCUUCGCCUUCACCUUCCAAAGCAAUUCUGUGAGCUACCCCUCAUGCCAUUCCCAGCAAAUUUCCCAACUUAUCCCACCAAAGAGCAGUUUGUGGCUUACUUGGAGGCCUACGAAACAUUCGGUUUAGAACCAGUUUUCAACCAAACCGCAGUGAGUGCAGAAUUUGAUCAUCGAUGUGGGUUUUGGCGUGUUAAGACUGUGGGGCUGAAACAAGAAGAAACUGAGUAUGUGUCUCAGUGGCUAAUUGUAGCCACUGGGGAGAAUGCUGAGGAAGUGGUGCCGCAAAUUGAAGGAAUGGAUGGUUUUGGUGGGCCUAUAGUUCACACAAGCUCAUACAAGAGUGGCGGCUUGUUUCGAGGAAAGGCUGUUUUGGUGGUUGGGUGUGGCAAUUCAGGCAUGGAGGUCUGUUUGGAUCUCUGCAACUAUAAUGCUCGCCCAUCCCUCGUCGUUAGAGACUCGGUGCACGUCUUGCCCCAAGAGAUGCUAGGCAGAUCAACUUUUGGAUUGUCCAUGUGGUUGCUCAAGUGGUUCCCUAUGCGCCUCGUGGAUCGGUUUUUACUUCUGGUGUCUCGUUUUAUGCUCGGAGACACUGAAAAAUUCGGCCUCCGUCGCCCGGAGCUUGGUCCUCUAGAACUCAAGAGCAGAUCCGGCAAGACACCUGUUUUGGAUGUUGGGACACUUGCAAAGAUCAAGACUGGAAACAUUAAGGUUUAUCCGGGAAUAGAGCGACUAACAUACCGUGCCGCAGAAUUUGUUAAUGGAAGAAAGGAGAAUUUCGAUGCCAUCGUCCUUGCCACCGGUUACAAAAGCAAUGUACCACAAUGGUUGAAGGAGACAGAUUUCUUCUCGGAGAAAGACGGUUUGCCUCGGAAGUCAUUCCCAAACGGAUGGAAAGGCGAAUGUGGGUUGUAUGCUGUAGGAUUUACAAAGCGUGGUUUGCUUGGUGCCUCCAUUGAUGCGAAAAGGAUAGCUGAAGAUAUUGAGCAUCAUUGGAAAGCUGAGCCCAGAAAAUUUCAUGACCUUCAAGUCGGCCGCUCACUGGUGCCACCACAAUCAUGAUUUGAAGGAUUCUAAGUAAAAAAAAUGGACUAAUGGACUACCUCUCCUCUGCACUACAUUGACAAAUUGUUUUCGCCCUUCUUCCCUUGACUAAAUGUGGAGAAAAAAACAGAGAGGAAUAUAUGUGAUUAUUUUAUGUAUUUGUCAACGAUAGAACUUGGAGGUAGGUUUGGUAAGGAUUUAGAGGAAAAAAUAUUCUCAGUGUGAAUAUCUUGUAUAUUGCCAUUUUUCCAAUAGUGAGGUAAAUUGCUAUUUGCUUUUUCUUUUUGUUUUUUUUGAGAAGUUGGCCUAGGAUUAUUUUACAUAUUGCCAAGGUGGUGUACUAUAGUUUUCAUUGGA